ACGAGAGGGCGCCACAGAGCUUUAACCUCUUUGCGGAAAUGACGCAAUACUAUGCGUCUGACCAAUCAGAAAGCUCGCAGCGCGCAGUUCGAACCUCAACGUCCUCCUGAGGGGAAGUGAAGCUUGUCUGUUUGCGCUGACGCCCAGUGAGACAUGGCUCGUGAGCGGGUCGUCCAGAAGAAGUCGUUCCAGCAGAGUCUGGAUGACAUUAAGGAGAAGAUGAAGGAGAAGCGGAACAAGCGUCUGGCCAGCGCAUGUUCUGCAAGUCGAGGACUUUCCAAAAUGAAGAACGCCGCUACAGUGAAGCCGUUUGUGCUGAAGAGCGUACAGGUGAAUAACAAAGCGCUGGCCUUGGCUCUACAGGCAGAGAGGGAGAAAGUACGACAAGCGCAGGGGAUCAUUCUACAGCUGAAGAGAGAACGACAGGCGCUCAUCUUCCACCUGCUGAUGAUGAAGAGGGCUCUGAGUGAAGGGGGGGUGGUCAGAAGUGCACAGACGUUGACUGCUGACGAGCCGCAGAGCCCCAGGGAUGUGGCACAGAAUGUUGCUGAGGAAGAGGAAGUCCACCCCUUAGAGUCUGUCAAACAGCAGAAUGAAGCAUCCGGUAAUAGCGAAGUCUCUUUGCCUCCCACUGUUGGAACACGUCGGCGGCGAGAUGGGCGAAAGCGCUCUGAGAGGAGGCGGAGCUCACUGUUUAGCCCCUCCUCUGUGGAUGGUUGUGUAACCGAAGAGGUAGAACCUCAGAACUCUGAUGUGGCCGAGCAACCUGAGCUCAACCUAGUCACGAGCAGCACCGAACACAACAACACUGUCCCAGAAGUCUCUGUGCAUGAAGCUCCUACUGAAAACAACAAGGCCAGGGGUCAAAGGUCACGCCACACUGAUUCUGUUGAUGUGUCCAAGGCGGCGCUGGACUCUGAGCUUUCGGACCUGGCAGCGGUGCAGCACUCGACCCCGGAGCCGCCACAGCGCUGUAUGUCCAGACAGACGAAGAGAAAAGCGGCUCAGUCAGCUACCAAACCGGAAAGAGGCCGCAAGGUGGAACGUGCACCGCUGAAGAAGCCCUGGGAGAAGCCGCGUGCGCGCUCCAAGAGUCGUGCGCCAGCGGCCGGUUCUGCUCCCGCUACCAGCGACCGGUUAAACUCUUCACUGGGCAGCAAUGACACGUUCGACUUUGACUGUGAAGAGGCCGUACACAUCACACCUUUUAGAGGAGGAGUCAAAGUCUCAGAAGCUCCGCCCUCUCCUGUAACCAUGCCCUCUCCUGUUGCUCUAAACUCUCCUGCCCCAGCAGACGAUGCCCCCAGCUCUUCAGAAGCAGAGCAGGACACAAACGACAGCCCGUACGUUCCGGACAGAAAGUGCAGACGAAUUCAGGGUCCUCCACCACGCCGUGCCCGCUCCAAAAGGAGGUCCGCUCGGACGAGAGGGAGGCAGAACAGUGGACCUAAACAGAAUCGCACCGCUCCAGAGCUCUCGAAAAACUGCAAAACAGGUGCUGAAGCUACAGACAUCACUCUGUCAGUCAAUGAAGAACUACAGAUCCCACAAUCCCCUGCUGCAGACCUGCAGUUUCCAGAUGCUUUGGUAUGUCGACCUGCUGAGACGAGCAACCAGUUCACUCCAGGCAAAGAGCCUGCUGAAGCUGCUGUGUCUGAAAAGGAAAAUGCGACUCCUCCACCUGACAUCCCUGCUGCAGAGGCGGGACUUAUGAUGAUGGACAGUCCUUUAUAUGACUUUACAAAUUGCCAGGACCAAUCAUCAGAGCAGGAGAACAACAUGGCUGUGAUGGUGGACAAGUCAAGGAGGAAUAAAGGUGGUCUCGUUGUUCGCUCCUGUCUGGGCUUGGCUUUGAGUGACGUGACAAAUCUCUCCUCCGCAGCCUAUCAAGCGUCUCUGCCGAGCAGAGACUCCACCCCCGGUCUCUGUCGCAAGAGGCGCUGCACAAGCGUGGUCAGCUAUAAAGAGCCGUCGAUCAGCUCGAAGCUGCGGCGUGGAGACAAGUUCACAGACACACGUUUCCUGCGCUCACCCGUCUUUAAGCAGAAGUCUCGCCGCUCUCUUAAAGCCAUGGAGAAAUACAACGAGUCAUUCGUGGGAUGUCGCUGAACAUUCUGUGCUUCACCUCCUUCUCCUCAUCCUGCAUUACAACUUUGAGAUCAUCUGCAUCAUGUAAAUAUGACGUUGUGUGUUAACUCGUUUUAAUGACGAACCAUGUCAAAUAAAGUUGGUUUCUUUUAACAAAUCACAA